UAUGUUCCCGGGGAUCCUAUUAGUGUUCAAGAAACCAUCGUGUUUAACUGGUGAAAAUGGUGAAACUAAUAGUCAUAGCGAGUGUCGCACUCGCAGUGUUAGUAGCAGACGUGACAUGUCAGCGUUACGUGUUGCCGACGCUUAGGACACCCACAAAAUAUUAUCCUACAAUCAUCCAGCCAACAUACAGGCCACCUGUAACAAGAGGACCUAUCAUCAGAACGGUACGCGAAGCUCGCGAUGAUGAGCCGCUGUGGCUAUGGAACGGAGACGACAUAGACCGUGCGCCGGCUACUGGUGACCAUCCUGUCCUACCCUCAGUCAUCGACGACAUCAACCUGGACUCAAACACAAGACACGUCCGGAGUGUGGACUCGCCCAGCGCUAGACGCCACGGAGGGCACUCUUCUUCUUCAGGUAGCAGGGACACGGGAGCCACUCAUCCUGGAUACAAUCGUCGUAAUGCAAGAAGCAUAGCCCCUCUAGAUUUUGAUCCCUUCCGGCCGACUAUGCCCAAACCUUACAACCCCUUCAGGCCUCGUCCUGGUCAUCCCCGCGGACCAUAUCCAAUCUACGCUAGAACGGUACGUGACCUCCACAUUCCUGGCCUGAAGAAACCAUCCCACCGUGACGUGAUCAUCCCUAACUGGAACCCAAAUGUCCGCACGCAGCCGUGGCAGAGAAUUGGUGGUGCUCGCAAAUCCAGAAGUGUUGACCAGUUCGAUGAAGAAGAAAUUCAGUGAUGGAUAGAUAUUCUUAAUGUCGUUUAAAUAAAAAAUAUUUAACGAAGUCUUUUAUCUAAUAUUUAAAGAUUUGUUUGUCGCCCUCCCCUACUCCAGUAUUUUAGAUUUUGUUUAGAUACCUAUAUAAGUACUUAAAUAAAAAAUUCAAAUAAAAAUUAUGGCUAUUUGCCUGAAAUAAG